AUGGGCGCUGCUGGAGCUGGGACAGGAUCUGGAGUGGGCUUGGGUGUGGGAGCCCUGGGAGUUGGUGCGGCAACGCAGCAGUUUUACAGCGGCUUUGGACUACAGCACCAGCACCAGCAACAACAGCAACAGCAGCAGCUCAUGGGCAUGGGCCUGGGUUUGGGCGGAGGAGCAGGAUCCUCUGGAGGCGGAGGAGGAGGAGGAGCAGCAGCAGGAGGAGGCGUUGGCAGCAUCGGCAGCGGCUGCAAGCGCUACCAAAGAAAGUUCUACAAUCGCAACUGA